AUGUGGAUACCGUUCCUUGUUGUUGCCUUUUUUCUCGGCAAAGGUAACACGAAAGAGUGCGCACCUUAUUUUGUCGGUAACGACUUAGUCGCUUGCAUUUGUAAUUCAACUUAUUGCGAUGAUACGCCGAACGACAAUCAACCCAAACUUCCGGAAAGUGGAACUUUCUACUGGUAUGUAACAAACAAGGAGGGACUCAGGAUGAAAAUGUCGACAGCGAAGUUCAGUGGACGUGAUUCUCACGAUUCAUCUUCCAAUGUAACCUUAGUCAUAAACAGAAAGAAGACAUAUCAAAGAAUUAUUGGAUUUGGCGGUGCUUUUACCGAUGCUACCGGUAUAAACCUAAGGAAUCUCAGUACGGCUACGCAAGAUCAAUUGAUACGCGCAUAUUACGAUCCAAAAGUAGGAAGUGGGUACAACAUUGCUCGAAUCCCAAUUGGUGCUACCGAUGCCUCGACAGGACCCUACUCGUACGAUGAUAUUGUCGGGGACACGUCACUGAAACAUUUUGCCCUCACGCAAGAGGAUCAUGAUUACAAAAUACCAUACUUAACUAAGGCUCUUAAACUGAAUCCUACAAUAAAAUUUUUCGGCAGUGCGUGGUCAGCGCCUGGCUGGAUGAAAACCUCGGAAAAGUAUGAUCGUUUUGGUUAUUUGAAGGAUCAAUACUACCAGGUUUAUGCAAACUAUUUGGCAAAGUUUGCGGAAGAAUAUCAGAAACACGGUCUAGAUAUGUGGGCGAUUACAACAGACAACGAACCAUCGUUGCAUUACAGAGUCAAUGCAACGAUUAUGUGUACUAUGGGAUGGAUUCCUGAAGACCUAAGCCGCUGGGUUGCUAACAAUUUAGGACCGGCUUUAGAAUCGUCGACAAGCAAGGGCACACGGGUCUUGGCUCUCGAUGACAAUACAGAUUUAUUGCCAGGAUUUAUCAAUCCAUUGUUUAAGAACCAAAAUGCAUCGAGGUACACUAUUGGAACAGCCAUACAUUGGUACGCCGAUGACAAAACUUCUAUAACUGUGCUAGAUGACACCCACGAUAAAUUCCCUGAUAAAAUCAUAAUCAUGACCGAAACAUCCGGGGGUCCGCCAUAUUGGGGAACACCGAACGUCGCGUCGAAAAUAUGGAAUCUCGGAGAAAAGUAUAUGCUAAGCAUGAUCAAGGUAAACGACUUUCCUUACCGCAAUAACAUAAACUGCGAAAAAUCAUUUUAA